AGGCUCGCCCGGCGCCCGCCGCCGCCGCCGCCGCCGCCGCCGCCGCCGCCCAGUCGACCCCGCCGUUUUCGGGUGAUUUGCAGUUGCCGCAGCCGACGGCAGUCCAGCGGACGCGCCGCGACCACCCAGUGUCUUCAGGACGGUCCGGUGUGCCACAGCCACCGCCGGUGACGACGGUCGCCGAAAACGACGCAGCGUUGGAGGACGUUCAGUGUGGUGUGUGCGACGAACGGGACUUGUGAUACGGUGCUGGUAUUAGGUCUGGAUUGAUUGUGGUCUGACCUGACCUGACCUGACCUGACCUGACCUGAGCUGACCUGAUCGGACCAGCGGGUCAUCAGCGCCGUCGAAGCUCGGAUAAACACCAUCAUCUGAGACCAUCGACAGCUCUUCUAAUAGUGUCGGACAGCUUCAUCGGCAUCGACGGCAGAUUGCUCUCCACCGAAGGGCCACAGGUCCUGUUCGGACCAUCGCCCGCGCCGUGUCGCUGCUCGCCUGACCUGCGCGACCUGACCUGACCUGCGCCGACCCACCAAUGCUGGACACACAGAUGGCAGAGGCGCUCAACAAACCGCGCUCUACCGACUUCUCCAUCGCGGCACUCAUGGGCCGCGCCGAGCAAGUUUCAGACAAGGACGAGGAGCUGGCCGCCGAGACGGUGCUGGAGGGAAGCGACCGCGGCACUCCCGAGGUCUCCUCCACAGUGGAGAGCGCCGUCCGAGAAGACAAGGAGGAGCGCAAGAAGGCCAAACCGGAGGGCAUCUGCACGUGCGCUGAGCUGCAGGACGUCCAGUGCACGCUCGAGACCAAGGAGCUCUGGGAGAAGUUCCACGAGCUCGGCACGGAGAUGAUUGUCACCAAGACUGGAAGGCGGAUGUUCCCAACCAUCCGAGUCUCCUUCACUGGAGUGAAGUUGGAGCAGCGCUUCCUGGUCGUGCUGGACAUCGUCCCUGCAGACAACAAGCGCUACCGCUACGCCUACCACCGCUCGUCGUGGCUGGUGGCCGGUAAAGCGGACCCGCCGGCGCCGGCCCGGCUCUACGUGCACCCCGACUGUCCCUUCAACGGCGAGCAGCUCAAGAAACAGGUGGUCUCCUUCGAGAAGAUCAAAGUCACCAACAACGAGAUGGAUAAGAGCGGACUGAUCAUCCUGAACUCGAUGCACCGAUACCAGCCGCGCGUCCACCUCAUACUGAGGAAGGAGGGCCAGGGGGGAACCAUCACCGACCUCGAGGGACAGGACUACAAGACGUUCAUCUUCCCUGAGACCGUGUUCACCGCCGUCACCGCCUAUCAGAACCAGCUGAUCACCAAGCUGAAGAUCGACAGCAACCCGUUUGCCAAGGGCUUCAGGGACUCGUCUCGGCUGACCGACUUUGAGAGGGACACGUUCGAGACGCUGCUGGUCGACCACCCUCCCUACCUGCCUGGCGUGCACCCCGUGUUCGACGCCUGCAACCUGACCGCCGAGGAGAAGACGCUGCUGGCGGCGCGCGCACAGAUGAUGUUGCGCCAGUCGGCGCCGCCCACCAGCUCGGCGGCCGGCGCCGGCCUGCUGGGCUACCCGCGCGCGCCGCUGCCCGUGCCGCUGCCGCUGCUCAGCCAGUGGGCGGCGCUGCAGUCGCAGUCGAUGCUGGCCAGCCAGCUGCAGCAGUCGCUGGCCUGCCACUCGGCCGCCUCGCUGGCGCAGCAGCAGGGGUACGGAGACGCGCUGCGCCUGCCGCGGCCCGUGUACCCGGCGGCGCUGCAGCGGUACGCUCCUUACAUCUACCCGCGGCUGCUCAGCCCGGCAGCGGCCAGCCCCGGGAAGGCGGCGGCGCCGUCACCGUCACCGUCGGCAGUCUCCGUGGAGGCGACCGAGGCAGAGAGACCGCCCGGCACCUCUCCGCGCAGCAGUCCGCGCUGAGAGGUCAGAGGGACUCGGGUGGGAAAACGAGCCGCCGAGGGACGCGGUAGAUGCGUCUGGGGCUAGUGGAACUGACUGACGAACGCUUCGCCUCUGGCCGAGCCCUGACGAGGGGCCUGCUGCUGUCAGGUCGGGUCGGGCUCGACUCGCUGAAGUAGCCCCGGCCCGCGAGGGAAACUAGUCUCCAUCUAGGAGAAUCAGGAAGUUGCCAGGCCAGUUGGGUUGAGGGAGUGUCUUAGACGCUGUCUGACUAAUGCUCUUCAGAACCGUUUAUCGAGGUUCCAGAGCAAUGGAGUCCGUCCCAGCUGAGAUCAAUCUAAGUGCUGCCGGAACGGUCAUCCGAAGACGGUACGCUGGACUUUCUGGGAAACAACUAGACGAGGUUUCUGUUUAUCUGGGGCGGGCUGAGCCAGGCAGAUUCCAGGACGUUUACAGAUCGUUCUUUUACCAAGUAAUGGAGAGUGUCCGUCUCACUGUGUCAGCUAGAUGGGAUACCACUGAGACGUUCUCAUGCUGUAGAAGUCGUAGUGCUGCUCUCUUACAAGAGGACAUGUCGCUAGGUACUCUCGAUGGAUGGAUAUGCCCGAAAUUCCAUCGCGCUCUUCGGCUGUAGGCGAAUGUCGUGGGGUGUGUGAAUGUCCAUCCUUUUGUUAUCUAGGUGAAGAACGCAAUACUUGUGGCUUUAAAUUUGACGUCUCUAAGUUAUGUUAGAUGCCUUGCCUUUGGUGUAAGUGCGGUGCAUGAAUCUACCGAUGUUGUUUGCACCGCUAGCGACUAUGAUGAGUUGCUUGCAGUAGACACCGGUGCGCGGUAGAUGCGGUGAUUGCUACGUCUUAAUUGCGGGUGUGUAUGCGUGCGGAGAUGAGUGCAAGGAGUAUGCUGUUUGCCGGCGUAGAGUGCUAAUUGUUGGACUGGUCUUGUGUUGAUUGUGAUGGACAUCUAUGGGUAGCCAGAUAGAUACUCGGUAACAGUGAUGUUUUAGGCAGACAGAAGGUGUUACUCGUACAACAUAUAAGUUGAGGUUGUGUGGUAAGGUCCAAACCAUUUUCAAAAUCCUAGCUGAGUAUGUCUUUUUGAAGGAUAUCAUUCAGGUUCAGUAUAUUUUAAAUCAAAUAGAGAUCAAAUAUUUCAGUUGCCGGCCUUCUUCGUGCGCUCACUCUACCAUCAUUCGCAUGUAAAUUUGCUUUGAGCUAGUUUGCCCCUCUGAGAUCCCUCUUGCAUUUGUUGAUGCAGUGUCGAUAGUUGAUGCCUGGAGACAAGUCCGUUCGUUUUUCACCAAAGUUCGCGGAGUUCAUCGUCGAGUUGACGGAAAACCGUCACCUAUGUACCGUGGUGGAUAGGAUACAUUCCACGCGAAGGCGCUCCCAUAACGCAGAGAUCCUGCUCUGCCCGGUGAUUGACGCGAUGAGCCGGGAGCCUGCGGAGCGUCAAACGUGCUAGGCUGUCUUUCUAGACAUAUCGAUAUUACUGAUUGGCCGACUGCAGAAUCAAAUGUGACUAGUUCCUGCCGGCGCAGCUUGGGCGCACUAGUGGACUCUCUGGUGGAGCCCGUCGCGUCCACGCGUCCCAGUCCACCUGUCCACAGUCCAGUUUCCACGCGUAGGCUAUCUUGAUCGUGGCAGGGGUGGAAUAAGCGUGUCUGAACUAGGUGAAAUGACUGUAGAGGCAAUCCCUGGGUCGUUGCAGCCGCCAGUUGAAACAAAAUGCGCCGAUUUUCCGCGAUGUGUCACAAGGAAUCUUGCGGCCGCACUGGACGGUCGCCGAUAGAGUGGCAUGGUGAUGCAGCCUGUAUUGUUGAUGAUUAUUUGUUGCCCUAGUUGUCAAUAUACUGAGUUCAACGGAAA